GCUAACACACACACAGACUUGCCUUGCAAUGCCAUGUUUGUGCAUGUGUUUCUACAACUGAGAAGGAAACAAGGAGCCUGCCUGCCUUGCUGACUUGUCUGAUGUUUUCUUGUUUCUGUUUCAGCAUUCAGGAUAAAUCCUUCAACACCACAGCUUUAGCAGAAGAUGAUGAUAACAAAGAAAAUUAUCCAGACAACACAGCUAUCUUAGAAGAAAGGUGGCCGCCUUUGCAAGAUACUCAGCAGCAGAAGGAGCAGGCUUUGAAGCCUGACAUGGGCAACUUAAAGCUAAGAAAACCUAAGCCUGUCUCAAAGUUAGAAAAUGGAAAAGACCACGAGGAAAGUCAGAAUUCUUUGUUGAAGCUACAAGCCCUCGAAACGGAUCUGUGCUCUGCGUUUCUGCCAACCCAGGAGGAAACUCCCCAGCUGCCAGCACCCAAGGAUCCAGCCCCUUCAUCAGUCCAAACCAGUGUGCAAGCUGAUGGGGCCAGUAGUGGAGACCAAUAUCACUUCAUUUCUCCUAUUAUUGAUUUUAGUUUAAUGCAUCAGCAGAGAGAUAGUGAAGAGCCUUUACCAGCCCACAGAGACUGGCAGAAUGACAUGGACAGCAGCCCACAAGAACAUCUCUCCCUAGGAGCCAGUCGAUUGCUGUAUCACAUUACUGAUGGAGACAAUCCUCUUUUGUCACCACGCUGCUCUAUCUUUAGCCAAAGCCAGAGAUUUAAUUUAGACCCAGAAUCUGCCCCUUCUCCACCAAGUGCUCAACCUUUCAUGAUACCAAGAAGUUCUUCUAGAUGCAACUGCGAAGAGUGCAAAGAACCCCAAACAGUAGCACAACUUACCAAGCAUCUUCAGAGUCUCAAGAGAAAAAUUAGGAAGUAUGAAGAAAAGUUUGAGCAAGAAAAAAAAUACCUGCCUUCACAUGGUGACAAGACUUCCAAUCCUGAAGUUCUAAAAUGGAUGAACGAUUUGGCCAAAGGUCGUAAGCAGCUCAAAGAGCUGAAACUCAGAAUGUCAGAAGAGCAAAACUGUACCUUCAGAGCAGGCCAAAGAAAGGACAGUAGUGAAAGUGCUGGGACCCCCAUAGAGACUAGGACACAGGAGGCCACAAGCAUGGAACCAGCUCCUUCAGCAGAAGAAACCAUGGACAGUGUAUUGAGACAAUUAAAGGAGAAAAGACAACACCUCAACAUUCCUGAGACUAUUAAGGUAACUAAACAAGAAAAGAGUCUAAUGAAACCUCUUUAUGACAGAUACAGAAUUAUCAAGAAACUUCUUGCAACUCCAUCACUGAUCACAACAAUUCAGGAAGAAGAAGACUCAGAUGAAGACCAUUCUCAAAGCAGCCAUGAGUUAUCAUCUGGUCCAAUAUCUUGCCUCCCUAUUGAUGAGCAUCUGUGUUACUCUCAGGAGGAGAGUGAGCCUGCAUAUGUCUCACCUCCAAAUGAAAAGAAAACUUUAAGACAAGCAGCCUUAUCUAUGUCCAAUUUACAUGAGGCAACCAUGCCUGUUCUGCUUGAACAUCUCCGAGAAACAAGAGCAGACAAGAAAAGGCUUCGCAAAGCUUUAAGAGAGUUUGAAGAACAAUUCUAUAAGCAGACAGGAAGGAGUCCUCUAAAGGAAGAUCGUGUACCUAUGGCAGAGGAAUACUCAGAAUACAAGCACACAAAAGCCAAAAUCAGGCUCAUAGAAGUUCUCAUCAGUAAGCAUGAUGUUUCCAAAACAAUUUGAAAUCAGUACAAUGCAGUGGUAUCAUUCUCUAGCAAAUCAAACAAACAAUAAUGGAAAAACAAAGUGGUAGUUUUAGAGGUCUUAGUCAGCUGCACAAUUAUUUGACAUGCUGAGAUCUUUUGAUGCACUUUACCAAUUCUAAAAGCGGGGAUGAGGGAGGACAGCAAUAUAUGAGAAUAUUAAGAAUGGGUGAGUGAACUAUAUAUAGAAUAUAUAUAUAUUUUUUCACUUUAAAGCCUUGAAGUGCACUGUGAGAAUGUUAGAAAUUAAAAGGACACUGAAGUAUUGUUGACUCUGUUUGACUUGUUCCUAGGUUUAAAAAGUGUGAGGAAAUGUCUCCAGGUUAUUAGUACAUCUUAGAAUAUACUAACAUACCACAUGCUUUUAUUUUUUUUUUUAAACAGAAUUAACAUGCAGUAUAAAUAAAACUAUAAAACUAUAACUAUUGGUUCUCAACGUGCUGAUUGGUUCACUAGAUUAAAAGAAACACAAGCAAGUAAGUUUAAAACAAUAAAUUCUGUCUUUCAAGACGGAGCUGCCACUUAAUUCCAGUACAUUCAAGGGAAAAAAAUUGACAGGAUUUAGAGGAAGGAGGCAUGACUGCCAAAUGGAAUUACUGUAUUUCAGAAAUAAGAGAAAGACUUGGCAAAACAAAACAUUUGAAGUUUACCAGGAAGAGAUUUAGCAAACGUACUGGAUGCUGUCUUUUUCAUUAUGGUUCACAGGACUUGGCUUAUGGUACGUAAAAUUGAGUAAAUAGACCAACUAUAUGCUAAUUUUUAUUUCCAUACUGAAUUUCUGCACUUUAUUUUGCCUGAUGCUAUGAUGUUUGCUUUUCUGAUUACCAAAGCUUGUUUAGAAGCAUGCACUUUGUACAAUGUCAAGUUAUUUAUUUCCUGUGUCAUACAAAUUGCCACAUAUAUAUAAAGACUAGAGUAUUGCAUUAUGCUAAGAUAUUUUGGAUAGAUAAAGUAAAGUACCUGGCAUAUAAUUGAGUGUCACAGUUAUCUGAUGAGGAACACUAGACUUCUUGUUUACUAUAAAAAAGAUUAUAAAGAAGAUAUUUUUCCAUUCAAAUGAUACAUCUUUCUUAACUUUCAGAGCACCAGACUUUGUAAUAUUAAGGAAAUUUUCCCUCUAUUUGUGAUAAGUCAUUGGUGUGAAUUGUUAACAGAAGGAUUAUCAGCGUUUUUGUACUAGAAAUGAAAAGCAGGGAUUCUGGGAAAUACUUAGCCCAGGCAUAAAGAAAGGAACAAUGAGAGAAGAAAAACAGGGAUGUGCGUAAGUUGAAACGUGUUUUGUGUUUUGGUUUAACUGUCAUUUUGUAUUGGCCAUAUAUUAUAAGGAACCUGUUUUAUAUCUAUCUUGGUAAGAAAUUUUUCAUUUUAUAAAGCCUAUUAUGUGCCAACCACGUUUGUAUUUAUAUUGUAUGUGAUGAUGGGGCAUGUUUUUGAAGACGUACACAUUUUCAAGUAGCUUGGAGGAAAAAGUAUGAUGACUAUAAAAGGAUGUUUUUAUUUCUCAGAAGUUUGUUGUUUCAGUGUACCAAUUUAAUAAUUUGUAACUCAAAUUUUAUGAAUCAGAAUGGUCUCCUUCAUAAAUCUGUUUUAAUUAAAGUCAUCUAGAGCAACAGGAACAGAUACAGAGCUGUUUGAAGUUUACAAACUACAUCUUUGAUAAGGGAAAAUGAUUUCAUGACAUAUGUAUACAAUUGAUAUUAAAACGUAAUCUAUAUAUUCUAUAUGAUUGUAUAAUAUUUUAUACAA